CGUUACUGCCGUUGGAAGAAGUUGGUGACAUGGACGGGAUUGUCGCUGUGGCCGUCGGCUUCCUGUUGACCGCCGUGGUCAUGGCAAUCAGGAUCUGGUUGGUCCUGCGUCGAUAUAACAGGUGCCUGCCUGGGAAAAAAGGCGCCGUCAGUCUUCUUGUUGUCGCGGGCUCAGGAGGUCACACAACUGAAAUCUUGAGGUUGCUGGGCAGUCUGUCUAAAUGCUACACCCCAACACAUUACGUUAUUGCUGAAACAGAUAAGAUGAGCGAAGACAAGAUUAAGUGCUUUGAAAGCAGCAGACCAACUGGAGUCUGCAAGCAUUUGUAUUCCAUCUAUCGUAUUCCGAGGAGCCGUGAAGUCAGGCAGUCCUGGUGCUCCUCUUUUUUCACGACGCUGCGCUCCAUACUUUACUCUUUUCCUCUUACUACCCGUGUGCAGCCAGAUGUGAUUCUGUGUAAUGGACCAGGGACGUGUGUUCCCGUCUGCCUGUCGGCUCUUCUUCUUGGGAUCUUUGGCAUCAAGAAAAUAAUUGUCAUCUAUGUGGAAAGCAUCUGUCGUGUGGAAUCCCUGUCCCUGUCUGGACGAAUCCUGUAUUAUUUUUCUGACUAUUUUAUUGUCCAGUGGCCAUCGCUUAAGGAGAAAUACCCAAAUUCUAUAUAUUUGGGAAGAAUAGUAUGACUUUGCUAAGGAUAAUAAAUAACCUUUAAAAAAAAUGGAGAAUAUUUGGUCUGGGCAUUGAAACCAAACUGCUUCCGCUGUGCCGGGGAUGGAGUGAUGAUCUUGGGGAAGGAGAAACUGUGUAAACAGAACAGUAUAGAAAGUAAGAUAAUGCUAAGGUACCAUCGCAUCAUUUCAAUCUGAUGUUCUGUUCAAUGACCGUAUUUAUCAUCUAUCAAUACAAUAUCUGCGGUCUACAAUUCUGCAUAAAUCCA